AUGUCCUCCUCAACUUCCACCAGCACUUUGCCCAGUGGCCUGGCAGUCCUGACGACAUUCCCAGAUGUACUCUUCAUCCCUGAAAUCAUCUUUGGGGGCCUUGUGUGGAUCCUGGUGGCAUCCUCGAGGAUCCCAGACUCCAUGCUGCAGGGCUGGGUGAUGUUUGUCUCCGUGUUCUGCUUCGUCAUGUCCAUCUCCCUCCUGUGUCUCUACUUCUGCGGGGCUCACGGAGGCGGCAGCAGCUGCUGGGUCACCUUGGAUGUCAUCUGCCAGGAGACAGCAGCGCUGUUCUACCUCAGUGCCGCGGUGCUGGAAGCCUACCUGACCUACAGUCUUGGCUUCUUUCCGGGACAGGCAUACAGGGAGAACAUUGCUGCCGUGGUAUUUGCAUUCGUGGCCACCCUGGUUUAUGUGAUCCACAAGGUGUUCUCGCUGCUGCGAUGGAAAUCAUCCUGA